CAUCGUGGCCGUGGAUUGGAACGAUUGCGGUGCGUGGUCACACUGUUUAUGCUUGCAUUUGUCUGUGGAAAUUUCAUUUCACAAAACCGAGAUUGUUAAAUUAAACAAAUUAAAAAGUUUUCGACCGGAAUACAAUAGCAGCAAUAUGCUGCAGUUAAAUAUAAUUUAUAUAUAACACGCUGACAUAAACGCAUAAGCCGCCAUUCGAUGCCCAACCUAUAAACAAUUGACGACCACUCGCCACAAAACCACCCGUUCUACACAUUCGACACACACACUCGACGCACGGCCCCGGAAGAGGAAGAAAAAGGCAGCAGGAGCAGGACGAGGAGGAGUAGGAGGAGCACCACCACCACCAACUCAUCGCCCAGUGGUGGCCACCUGCUGCUCCAGAAGCUCCAGGAACAACUGCCGCGAUGAAGGUGGACACGGUGAAACUAAAGAAGGGCUCCUCGGAGCUAACGGCCGAGUGCCGCGAGCUCAUCGACGAGCUGACCAAGCGGCGCACCCGGGCCGAACUCCUCGAGUUCCUCGACACCGUCCACGUCUGGAUCUACGGCAAGUGCGAGCUGUAUCACUGGAUCGAGAUCCUCGACCGGUUCGACAAGAUCCUCGAGGAGGCCUCGCGUCAUGUCAACGCCAACGAGUUCGUGCUGCAGUGCGACACCAACUUCCAGGAAACGGUAAGAACAACGGAUGUCACACUGCUGCUGCACGUACUUAACUUUACCACACUGCUGAUCGAGCACUCGUUCUCACGUCACUUGUACAAUUCCAUCGAACACUUGACGGUGCUGCUCUCCUCCCAGAACAUGGACAUUGUCCUGGCCGUCCUCAAUCUGCUCUACAUGUUCUCCAAGCGCAGCAACUUCAUACCCCGCUUGCCGUUCGAAAAGAAGGAGCUUCUGAUCGUCAAGCUCUUCAAUAUAGCCGAGCGCUGGGGUGAUCCCAACUACGGCCUGUCGCUCAAGGACUGCUGCAUUGGCGAGCCAAAGCUGGAAUUCCUCUACCAGCUGUGCAUCGACUAUGUGGACGAGCACGGUCACGCCGCCCAGCUGGAAAUUCCGGACAUGAUGGACCUCUGCCACACGGCAUCAGCUCCAGAGGUGAUCAAGACGAUUGCCGGACAGAUCUCAAAGCCCAGUGAGGCAAUCAAGAUGCGCAUUGCUCAUCGGGUGCGCUUGAUCUCAGGCUUCAACAACUACAAACUGCGUCUCCAGUUCGUCCAGGCGCGCCUUCAGGCCGUCUCCAUUCUGAUCUACUCCAAUGCCCUGCAGGACAACACGGACAAGGUGUUGUACGCCGGCUUCGGCGAGGAGCUGUGCGAGCUCAUCGACAAGGAGGACGUGCACCUGGUGGAGAUACGGGCGGCAGUGCUGCGCACACUAACCUCGAUGCUGCACUUCGACCGCAACCCGAAUGUGCCAAGCAGGGCCGGGUCGCGUCUGAUGAAGAUCGUCCACUACACAGGUGCCGAGCGGCAGGGCGGCACGUUGCCACUGCUCGUCCGCGACUGCAUCGAUAAUCUAACCACCCACGGACUCACCGAGCGCUAUCCGCUCAUCCUGGCCACCUCGCUUUUCUCGCUGCUGUACCACCUGGCCAGCUACGAGAUGGGCGGCUCCGCUCUGGUCAAGAGCGGCAUGAUGCAGUCGCUGCUGUGCGUCAUCAGCUGGCCAGGAGUCGACCUCGAGCACAUCACGUUCGUGACGCGGGCAGUGCGAGUGAUUGACCUGAUCACCAACAUAGACAUCGCCCGAUUCCAUCAGAACAAUGGACUCAACGUCUUCAUCGACCGCCUGGAGAAGGAGAUCAAGAGCUGUUGCAAGGCGUUGGCCGAUAUCGGCAUCACGCUGAAGGAGUCCACGCUGCGCGACGACCACAAGCUGGACACCUCGCUGGACCAAACCGACGAGGAUGUGGAAGACGGAGCUGGAGAGAACGCCUCCGUGGCCAGUGGAAGCGGAUCGCCACGUCGCGAGAACUCUAGUGAUGGCGUCAGCGGCGUCGGCAGUAGCGCCUACAGAGCUUACCACGAGCUUAUUGGCGGAGGAGUAGGAGGAGGAUCGGGCUCAGGAGCGGGACUCCUGGACAUUGGUGGAGCACGCAGUCUGACAGGUGUCGUCGGAGGAAGUAGUGGAGCAGCUGCUGGCGCAUCCGGACCGAUCCUAGGACUAUUCAACAGUGAUGGAACCGCCAUCCAACUACCAACCAUCAUGUAUCCCUCCAACAGCUACUACGCCCGUCCGCUGGCCGAGCGCAAGGCGGAGCUAUCGUCGCAGCUGCCGAGCAGCCUGGCGCCGAAGAAGCCCUCCUGCGUCACCCAGCGGGCGGCCCUGCUCAAAUCGAUGCUGAACUUCCUGAAGAAGAGCAUCCAGGACCAUGCCCACUUUAGCAACAUGCGCAACAUCAUGGAGACGAGUCUCACGCAGUCGCUGCGCCACAUCAUCGCCAAUGCGGAGUACUACGGCCCGUCGCUGUUCCUGCUGGCCACCGAUGUGGUCACCGUGUACGUCUUCAACGAGCCGUCGCUGCUCUCCUCGCUGCAGGAUCUGGGCAUCACCAGUGUGAUGCUGAAGGCGCUGCUCCACAAGGAUGUGCCGGCCACGCGCGAAGUGCUUGGCUCCCUGCCCAACGUGUUCUCCGCCCUGUGCUUGAACGAGCGCGGACUGUUCGAGUUUCUCUCCUACGAUCCGUUCGACAAGGUGCUGAAGGUGCUGCUCUCACCGGACUACCUGGUGGCCAUGCGGCGGCGCCGCUCCUCGGAUCCGCUCGGCGACACGGCCACCAAUCUGGGCAAUGCCAUGGACGACCUAAUCAAGCAUCAUCCGUACUUGCGGGCCGUUGCCACCGAGGCGAUCGUUCGGCUGCUGAACGAGUUGGUUCGCCUGGGCUCCGAUCCCAGCUUCAUUUGCUGGCGGGCCAACAAGGAGAGCAGUGGCUCUGGCUCCGGUUCCGGCAGCCAUGGCGGUGCCCACGGUCAUGUGGCGUCCACACCCUCGCCCAUGGUCAUGGUGGCCGGCUCGGGCGGCUCGACUUCGGUGCUGCAGGGCGCAGCGGACACGAACGACAGCAGCGGCGAUGACGACGAUGACGAUGACGAGAUGAGCUCGGCCUCGCAGCAACAGCAGCAACCGACGACUCCCGGCGGUGCCACCACGCCCAGGACACAAACGGCAGGCGUUGGAGGAGGAGGAGGAGGAGGAGCACCAGCAGCCACAUCGCAGGCCGCCAAAGUGGUGACGCCACCGGAACGCGAGGCCAUACCACUCAUCGACUACAUCCUGAACGUGAUGAAGUUCAUCGAGGCGAUAUUCAGCAACAGUCCGAACGGCGACCACUGUCGCGAGUUUGUGCUGCAAGGCGGCCUGAAGCCCAUCCUGCAGCUGCUGUCGCUGCCCAAUCUGCCGGUGGACUCGCCGGUGUCCACCACCUCGCAGGCGGUGGCCAAUGUCUGCAAGGCCAUACUCAGCCAGGCGCAAGAGACCAAGGUGCUGGACGUGGCGCUCAAGCAGCUGGCCGACAUUGUGGCCCAGCUGAAGCCGCUGAUCAAGCACUUCACCUUUCCCGGCGGCAGUGUCCUGCUGGCCGAGCUCGUCUGCUGCCAACGACUGGAGGAUGGCUUCGCCAACGCCGAGUACACGCCCAUACUGCACAACAUGAGCUUCGUGCACGGCUAUGUGGUGAUGCUGGUACAUCUCUGCCGCAACUCCUCCAACGACAUGCGGGCCAUACUGCUCAAGCGCUGGGGCGUGAAUCGCGAGACCGGCGUCCAGCUGCUGCAGCAGCUCGUCCAACUCUACAUCUCGCUGGUGUGGGAGAGCACCAUCCUGCUGAACCUGUGCUCGGACGAGCCCACCCAGCAUCCGGAUUUGAUCUGGGACGAGAUUGCAGCCCAAAUGUCGGCGGCGGCGGGCACCGCCGAUCCCCUCACCGAGGCGGAGCUCUCCCGGAAGCUGGAGCGCGCGGCCGAGUUCCGGACCAAGUACACGCCCGAGGAGCAGUUCCGGUACAUCAAAUCCCUACUGGCGGCCAGCUCGCGACUGGGCAGAGCGCUGGCCGAGCUGCUGGGCACGUUGGUGAAGCUAUCGGUGGGAUCACCGCAGACGCGGCAGCGUCGCAUCAACGAUCUGAUCAGUAAUAUCAACAAAGUUCCUACGCCAGAGGCGCGCGAAAUAGCCCGCAUCCUCAGCUCGAUCCUGGUGAACGGCUUCAGUCACGAGAGCAUCCUGCCCAAGCCGGUGCCGAAGCUGAAGCUUACCUUCCUCAUCUGCUCGGUGGGCUUCACCGGUCCCAUGCUGUUCGACGACAAGCGCAGCGCCUUCCACCUGAUGAUCUCGCAGUUCUGCGCCGAGAAUGGCCUGAAGGCCUUCUUCGAGAUGUUCUAUUGGGCCCUGUCGCUGGACAAUGUGUCGCAGAAGUUCGAAUUCGAUCAGUGGGCCUCGAUGGAGGACCUGAUGCAGGCGCACGAGGACGACAAGCGUGACUGUCCGGAGGGCACGGGCGAGUUCCUCGACGCCUGGCUGCAGCUGCUUGAAAAGAUGGUGAAUCCGCGCGCCAUGCUGGAGUCGCCGUACACGAUGAGUCCGCGCCUCAACUACCUGCCCGAUUCGGUGCCGUUCGAGCCGGUCUUCUACCUAAUCCACAUCCACCAGCUGGCCAUGCAGGCACUGCGCCGCAUCUGGGCCCGACGCCCCAUCCCGAACUACGGGCCCAGCAUGUUCGAGACCAUGAUCCUCAUACUCAAGCAUCUGAUCAAGUCGCACCAGAUGCUGCUGGAUCGCUACCACACACGCAUGAAGGAGAUCAAGUUCGAGAACCUCUACAUCCGCAGCACGGACGACGGCCUCAAUGCCGAUCACAUCAAGACGCUGACCGACAUGGGCUUCAUGCACUACCACGUGAUCGAGGCGCUGCGCACCAAUGCCUCGCUGGAGGAGGCCACCGACUAUCUGCUGAACAAUCCGGAGGCCAGUGCUCUGUCUACAACGACGCCGGCCGGUGGGCCAUCGACUGCUCCGCCGCCGCCGCCACCGCCAACGGCCUCCACCAUGGACAUUGACAUGGAUCUGCCCGCCGACGGUGGGGAGUCCAUGCAGAGCAAAUCCUCCGCUUCGGCCAGCUCCAGCUAUGACUACAAGCACCUGAAGCUGAUGCCAUCGCUGAUCUUUGACCGCUUCUGCGACGAGGCCAUCUCGCGGGCCUUCGAGUUCAUGGAGGCCAUACCGGACACGGUGACCAGUGCCGCCGACUUGAUAGCCGUGCUCUACCGACGCCACAAUCACCUGAACAAACAGGUCUUCGUCACGAACUUUGUGCGCAACAUCAUCCAGUGGGUGGACUUCACCCUGCAGCUGUUCGAGCCGGGCGCAACCAAGUCGUCCACCGGAUCGAAGGCCUCUCGCUUGGAGGAGUGCCUGACCGGGAUGACGGCCACCCGGCUGUUUGUCCGCCUCAAGACCUCCACGCUGCUGCUCGAGGAGAACUACAGUGAUCUGCAUCGGCCGCUGGUGGAGGCCAUCACCGCCCAGGAUGCCAUGGUCUCGCUGGUCAAGCUGCUCGACUGCAUGAGCCAAUGGAUGCUGGAGCAGUCGUCCACUGAGCAGCAGCAGCAGCAACAGCAGCAACGGGCGACUGUGCCCCGCUGGGUGCAGAAUCUGGUGGACCUGAUCGAUGCCAUCGAUAGCAUCAGUCACAUACUGCAGCGCAAGGCCAACAUGCGGGCGGUGAGCAGCGAUGUGUGGCGCUGGUACGACGCCUCCACGGGCAAAUGGAAUGCCUACUCGGAGGCCAACAACGAGCUCAUCCGGAAUGCCUAUGCGGCCGGCGAGCGCUGGCUGCACAUCAACAUUGGGCGGCAGCGCUGCACCGUCAGCCUCAACUGCAUGACGCAGGUGAGCGAGGCGUCCGGCACACAUCGCCCCGUCUGUCCGGCCCUCAAGCUGAGCGAGGCCAUCACCUCGCUGAACAACCCGAUGGCCCUGCUCAAGGUGGAGCAUGUGCUGAAUCGUGUGGUGCGCACCUCGCCCGACGGCAACGGCACCGUGCAUUCCGACGAGUUGAUUUCGCUGCGUCAGCUGGUCAACUUUACCGAUGCUGGCACACAACAGGCACAGCAGCAGCAGCAGCCGCUGCAGCCGGAGAACUCCAACAAUGACGAGGGAGGAGGAGGAGCAGCCAGCAGUGAGGAUCCAGGAGUCAGUGGCGGAUCCCCACCAGCCGCCGCCAUGACCACGCGCAGCAAGUCGCGACAGAAGAGUGCGGCCGCUGCAGCCGCCGCCAAGGUGAAGUCCAACAGUCAGCCAGGUGGCUCCGGCUCACCGCCCAUACCCAAGCGCACCCAGAAGAUCAUCCUGAACGAGGAGCAGGUGGGCCUGAGCAAGUUCGACUGCGGCCGCAUCAUUGGCAGCAUUGUGGACCUGCUGCAGCCCUCCCACUUGAUGCUCAACGAGACGAAGCUGUCGCUGCUGCGACUGUGUGCACGAUUGACGCGCAACUACGACAAUGCCCAGGUGUUCAUCCGGCGCGGUGGCGUCCGCAUGCUGCUGCAUCUGCAGCAGGCCUGCAGCUUCAUGGGCUUCCCCACCUACGCCAAUAUCAUACUGCGCCACGUCCUCGAGGCACCGCCCGUCCUCCAGGAGGCCAUGGAGCGGGUGCUGGGCAUGCGUGCCGCCGGCAUCGUGCCCGUCAGCCAUCGCGAUCUCAUCUACGUGCUCACUCAGGUCUCGUCGGCGGUGUCGCGCAAUCCGCAGAUCUUCGUGGCCGCCGCCAAGGAGAUGUUGCGUGGCGAGUACUUGCUGAACACCACCAGCACCACGCUGGCCGAUGAUGCCCGCGUCAUGGUCAAGUCCAAGUUUGGCCAACAGCCUACGGCGGCGGCUGGCGGGGCCACGCCCCAUUCCCAGACCACCACGCCCGCGGCGGGAGCAGCGGCCAGCAAGGAGGACCUUCUCAAGGACGAUCCGCAGGUGCAGUCGUCGGUGGCCGUGCUCAAGGAUCUGCUGCACGGACUGGUGCAGCCAUGCUGGCACUACGGCGGCACCGGCUCCUCGGAUCGCGGCCAGGGCGCCGCCGAGCUGCUGCAGCCGGAUCAGCCGCCAGGAACGGCCCAGGGAUGCCACGACGAUGAGUUGUAUUUCCGCUUCCAGGAGACGCCCGCACCCGUCACAAGCAAGAAGCAAUCCUCGGGCGCAGCAGGCGGAGGUGGAGGAGGAGGAGCUGCUGCUGGUCAAGCGCAGCCGACGGAGAAGUUCGAGCCGUGCUGUUGCACGUGGCACAUCCCGACCAGCGGUCACACCCACGCCAAGCCGACCAUCUCGCGGGCCACGCUGCUGAAGCUGCUGGCGGACUCGACCCGUGCCUACCAGUCGCUGGUGCCGCGCGUGCUGCUGUCGCACGUUUACACGCCGGCGGACAGUCCCCUGAUCUCGGCACCGCAACAGACGUUCCUGGGCGUGCUGCUCGACCGCUUCCUGCCCAUCACGCAGCGGCACCAUGUCCCCGAGGUGAGCACCAUGACCCGGGUGCUGGUCUGCUCGCUAUCGGACUGCUACCAACAGCCGGGUGUCCAGGUGCACGUGGCCGAGGAGCUGCACGCGGCGGUGGCCAGGGCGCUGGCCCAGCCCGACUCUGCCGAGAAGCACACGCGGCUGCAGGUGCUGAUGAGCCUGUUCCCCAAUCUCAUCGAGUCGCCGAUGCUGUACGACAAGGUGCACAUGCACCGCAACAACAUGUACCGCGUGCUGCUGCGCCAGGGCGUGAUGACCUACCUGACCAAGGUGGCCCAGUACAAGGAUCUGUCCAAUCACAACACGCUCAGCACACUGGCGGCCAUACUGCGUCCCAUGGAGAUCCUGUUGCGCUUCAGUGUGUCCACCACAACGCUCGGCUCGAAGCGCAUCCUCUUUGGCGGUGUGGGCGCCGGCGGUGGCGGAGCCAAUGGCACUGGCAAUGGCAGCGGUGCUGCCGGCGGAGCCAACGCCACCGGACCCGGAUCGGGCAACACCUACGGCACCAUCAUCAACCGGCGACUGUAUCCCCGCUUGGCCGCACGCACCGCCGUCAGUGCCGCCGUGGAGCGCUCCAAUGCGAUGGGCGGCGAGCAUGUGCUGCGCGACAUCAUCCGCAAUGUGCUGUCCGAUAGGCGGCACGCCUUUGAGUUCAUCUUCAAUUCGGACGAGAUGGCCGUGGACUCGGAGGACUCGUCGGCACCCGGAGGCGGAUUGGGUGGAGCGGUCGUUCUCGGAAGCGGCGCGGGAGGAGGCCUGGCGGGAUCGGGAUCCGGAUCCGGAUCGGGAGCAGGUGGCGGCACCGGAGCAGCCGUUAUCGACGUGGUCGAGGAACGGAGCAAUGGCGGCGACACCAACGAUCCACCCGCCACAGUCAGUUCGGGCUCAUCGGCAGCUGGCCAAUCGUCGGCCAGCGGCGGAGGACCGGUGCGACCAGUGCUCAACUUUGACCAGCUGUGGGACGACUUCCUGCAGAGCGAAGGUCUGCGCCUGGCCUCGCGCAGUGGCGCUGGCGCCGGAUCGGGCAGUGGAGCCGCCGGCAGCGGCUCAACCGGAGCACAGAACGGCAGCAUUGCGUCGGCCAGUUCCGCCAACUCGGGCAACAAUUCCGCUGGCGGAGAUCCCCGCCUGCGCACCCUCAAUCCGGACGUGGAUGUGGGCGGCGGGAGUGGAAAUGGAGGCAGCGUGGGCGGCGGCAACAGCGGCGGAUCCAACGCAGGCGUCGUCAAUGACAAUGGAAUCGGAGGCGGCGGGGGCAGUGAUGGUGCAUCCACCUCCUCGGACACUGGAGCACGAGGUGGCGCCCGCGACAUGAAUCCCUCGCUGCUGGGCGAGGUGAGCACCUCCGAUUCGGACUCGGACGCCUCCACGGAGAACGACGAGCGGAACGAGGAGGACGAGGACGAGGAUGACGACGCCCCCGACGAGGAUGUGGACGAGCACAGCGAGACGGAUGUGGACGAGGAGCGACCGCGCCAGUUCAUCGAGGUCUUCGAUCACAUCUACGAGCCGGAAUCCUCGGAGACGGCCUCCAACGAUGCGGACGUGGACAACGACGAUGACGAUGACGAGGAUGAGGACGAUGUGGACGACGACGACGAUGAUGACGAAGACAACGACGACGAGGAUCGCGAGGAGAGAGAGAGCGUCAUGGAUGCGGAGCUGGACCACCAGAUUGACAUAGCCAUUGCCCUCGUCUCGUCCAACAAUCGUCCGCGACGCAGUGCAGCGGUGAAUGCCUCUGGCGACAACCAGAUCGCCAAUCGUCCCAAUCCCGAUGUGGACGAGGUGGACGACGAGGAGGACGACGACGUGGACGACGGUGAUCCCGACCACGAUCCCGAUGUGGACCCCAUUGGCGGUCCCUCGUCCGCCCAGGCGGAGGCCUAUCUGUACGAGCGACUGGGCAGCAGCGGUCUGAUGCCCACCCCGCCGGUGGGCUUCCGCGUCCGCAUGAACAGCUCCAUUGCCCAGCCGCUGGACAUCGAUGUGAACGGUGGCAGCGGCAGCGGCAACAGUGCGGGCAUCUCUGGAUCGACGGCGACCACCGGCAGAGGUUCGUCCACGGGCGGCACAACGGCCAGCAUCGGAGCCAUUGCCUCCGCCGCCCUGCGUCCCUCGUCCGGCUCCUGGAUGGCCCCGGACUUCAACUUCAUUGGCGUGUCCGGCGGCGGAACCGGUGGAGGUGGUGCCUCCGGCAGCGGCGCAUCGGCUGGCAAUGCCAAUGGGGGUGAGGUGAACGCCUUCCUCACGCCCUCCAUGUCGCAGCUGGACCGGACUGGCGGCGGUGGUGCCGCUGGCGUCGGUGGUGGUCAGAACAUGAGCAAUCUCCUCGACGAGCAGCCAUCGGUUACAGGCGGCGUCGGCGGUGUCGGUGGCGGAGUAUCUGCCUCUGGAGGCGGUGGCGGAGUUACCGGCGGCGGUGCCAGCGGUAAUGCCACGGGACAGCAUCCGAACGCCACGCUCUGCACGAACGGCGUGCGCCGGCGGUUGCUCUAUCUGGACCAGCAGUACUGUGUGUGCAUGCCCACGCAUCAGAAUCCCACGGAGGAGACUCAGAUGGAGACCUUCACCCAGGAUGCUCUUCACUGGUGGCUGGAGGAGGCCACGCUUCUUGACAUGGAAAGCCAGACUGAUGCCUGCCUGUAUGCCGCCCACUUCCUGCUGCCGCAUCUCAUCAAGGAGCUGAAGACGGCGCACCAGCAGCGCAAGCAGGAGGAAGCCGCCCGUCAGACGACGACGGCCAGCACAACAGCGGCGGCACCGCCUGGAGCGACUACGUCCGCCAACUCAACGGCGGUGGCCACAGCGGCGCCGCCCACAGCAACAGCCUCGAUUGCCUCCAGUCUGCUGGCCAAUGCGACAGCGGGAGGCAGCGGUGUGGUGGUGCCACCGGUGGCCGCCUCUGCCACGGGAGGCACCCGACGCAGCUCGAUUCCCGUGCUGAUCCCCUCAAGCUUUGGGGCCACCAGCAGUUUGGCCAGUGCAUCUGGCGAGACUGCGGCCACCACUGGCGCAACCACUAGCCCUUACAUACCCACAACCACGCCCCUAAGCGGCAGUGGUGGAUCCCUGGAGACGACGCAGACGACCACGACACGUGCGUCCCGCCAACGCGGCGGAUUGCGCCAGCACAGUCAGUUGCCCUUCAACAUCUACGCCGAGAUUGACCUCACCAACGAGCAGGAUAGCCAGGGUGCCACCUCCACCAACAACUCGGCAGCAGCAGCAGCAGCUCCAGCCGAUGGAGCAGACCAGCAGCCACAGUCACAGUCUCAGCAAAACUCCUCCUUGUCCUCUUCGGCACCAGCACCGCCAUCGGGAUCGCCAUCGGCAUCGUCGUCGGCGCCGCAGGUAGCAGUGCUCCAUCAUCAGCGACAUCCGCCAGUGCCACUCCUGCCGUCCAGCGGAAGACCAUCGCGUCCCCACUCGCGUCUGGAUGAGGCGGAGCUGCUACUCUUGCAGUUGGCCGAUCGCCAGGCUGUCCGCAGUCGCUUGCAAGUGUCCAGCGGACACACGAACUCCUCGCGCACCUCGGGAUCGGCGCUGAUCAAUGCCCGGCCCAAUCGCGACCUGCCCGCCCGUCUGCAGCGUCUGGUCCAGGCCCACAGUUCCGUUUCCGGCCGCAGCAGUGCCGCCUCCGCCGGAUCUACGCCAGCACCCACGCUGGUCUCCAUGCCGACGCCCAUUUCCAGUGCAAAUCUGGAGCAGCUAAACGUCAGCGCACCGGAUGUUGCGGGCUUUGCCCUGCCGCCUUCUCUGGAGGUGGAUGUGGACGUGCUGCCCGGCCUUCUGGACAUGCCGCCGCAGCUGUCGCCACCGCUGCCGCCACAUCCCGGUGACACGCAGCCGGUGGUCCUCAACGAAGACGAUUUCUGGCCCGGCACUGCGUUCCCAACGGUGUUCCCCACGGAGUCACCUGCGGCUACAGCGGCACCAGCAGCCGGAAACACAGAGGCUGCCAACGAGUCAAACCCACAAGCGGAUCCAAUUGCUGAAGGCAGCCGCGAAGCUGCUCCGCCAAUUCCACAGGCUCCGCCCACAACUGAGCCCACGCCAGUGGAGUCUGGUGCGGCAGGAGCUGCAUCGGCCAGUACACAGACCUCGGCAUCAGCUGAAGAUGCUGCCACAGCAUCUGGUGGUGGAGGUGGUGGAGCAGGAACAGCAGCAGCUGGCACAACAGCCACCAUAACCGACAUGAGUCCUGAGGUUCGGGCCGCACUCGGUGAUCUGGAGGUGCCCGAGGGCGUGGAUCCCUCCUUUUUGGCCGCCCUGCCCAGCGAUAUGCGCGAGGAGGUCAUCCAGGAGCAUCUGCGCAUGCAGCGCAUCCGGCAGCGGGCGCAGCAGAAUGCCAUUCAAAUAGCCCACGACUCGCUGGUCGAGGUCAAUCCGGAGUUCCUGGCCGCCCUGCCUCUGAACAUCCAGUCGGAGGUGCUCAUGCAGCAGCGCAUCGAGCAGCAGCGCCAGGCGGCACAGACCGCCAAUCCGGAGGAUCCCGUCGACACGGCCGCCUUCUUCCAGAACCUGCCCGAGAAUUUGCGUCAAGCGAUACUCACCGACAUGGAGGAGUCGCAGAUAGCCAGUUUGCCGCCCGAGUUGGCUGCCGAGGCGCAGUUCCUGCGUCGCGACUGGGAAUCACGCAAUGGCGCCCGCAUGGACGCUCAUCCGCCCAGCAAUGCUUUAUCCCGUUUCCAGACCACGCUGCAAAGCCUGGACGAGGCACGCUGGCACAGCUCCAUUUGGUACGAUGCCAGUGGCAAUGCCCAGCCGCAGCACCAUCAGCACCACCAGCACACCACGAUCGUGCACCACCACGCGCACGCACACCAUGCCCCCACAAUGGGCAAACCACUGGCGCUGCUGAUGAUGGAGGACGAGAACAUUCUGCUCGAUCCGGACUCGCUGGCCACCCUGCUGCUCUUCCUGUUCGUCGAGGACCAGAAGGUGAACAGCAUGCGGCUGCACCGCGUCAUCCGCAACCUGUGCCACCACGAACCGACGCGCGACUGGAUCAUCAACGCCCUGAUCAGCAUCGUGCAGAAGACGAACGAGGACAAUGCCAACUUUGGGGCUGGACAGGCGGGCGGCAAGCCCGAGUGGCUGAAGUUGCGCGUGGACGCGGCUUUUGGGUACAAGAGCAACAUCUUCCUGAUCAAUCGGCUGUACGAGGGCAGUGCCCGGAGCAUCAGCAUCAAUCCGCAGGCGGCGCAGAUGAUAGUGCGCAACUGUCUGGAUCUGCUGUUCGUGCUGGCCAAGCACUAUCCAUCCAGCUUUGUGCCCUACAAUCGCGAGGUCAAGGCCCGCCGCCUCUUGAGUGCCGUCUUUGGCAUGCCCUCGCCCACCGCUGGCGGCGCAGGAGCAGCGGGAGUUGGAGGAGCGGGAGGAGCGGCCGGCGGAUCGGCCGGCGGAUCAGUAGCGGGACGCCUGGCAGCCGAUGAUGUACCGCCGGGUGGCACACUCGACUUCCGUUCACGUUUCUGCCGCUACCAGGUGGCCAAUCGAUUGCGUGGCAUACUGGACGAUCACCCAGCACCAGCAUCAGCAUCAGCACCGUCGAAGCCCUCAACGCCUCUGGAUGAGGCGCCCUCCACAUCGAAGGCGGCGGCAGCCAAGGCAGCGGCCAGCGCCAAAGUGUCCGCUCCCGGCAGCAUGGCUCAGCACUCGGUGCCGUACCAGACGAAUGCCAAGAACUUCUGGGACGUGGUGCUGAACAUCGACCGGCAGACGCAGGUACGCCUGGCCCAUGUGGACCAGUUUCCGCUCACCUCGCAGCCAGCGUGGGAGUGGCAGUCCAACACGGCCGAUUUCCUCUCGUUCAGCGAAUCGCCCUUUGGCCAGCUGCUCGAGAUGCUGCCCUACAAGGUGAUCUGCCGCUCGCCCCAUCUCACGGACAUGCUGGUCAAGCUGCUGGCCUCGCUCAGCACCGAGCUGCCCAAGGAGGAGGAGCAGUUGCCGCUCACCGAUCAAAUGCCCGCCCUCAUACCCAUACCAGUAGCAGGAACAGGAGCAGGACCAGGAGCGGCAACAUCUGCAUCUGCAUCUGCCUCUUCCUCUGCCACGGCGGCGGAGAGUUCGCAGGCCAGUAGUGCCAGCGAGAUUGGUGACGGACACACGGCCAACAAUGAGGAGCAGGUGGCUCCGGCCAGCGGUAAUCCGGCCUCCGGUGAUGGGAAUGGAAAUGGAAAUGCCAGCACGGUGAAGCGCACCCAGUUGCCCACCUUGAGUGUGGCCCUGCCGGUGGCGCCGUCGAAGCCACGCCGCAAGAUCUACGCCAAGAACUUCUCGCAGCUGCAGCUGGUCAUCGAGGUGCUGACGCACCAGUGCGGCACCACCGAGGGCCUGGACAACGUGGCCAAGCUGAUUGUCAACCUCACGCAAUGCUCGCAGGCAUCGAAUGCGAUUUUCAUCCAGUACUUGACCGCCGCCAUUCUGGGCCUGGCCGAGGAGGUGCGUCAGGCCAUCCAGAUGCUGCUCAACGAGAUACGCAUGUACAACAUCCACCACGGUGUGACCGGCAGCAUCUCGCAGACUGCCUCCACAUCUGGAGCGGCUGCAGCGGCGGCCGCAGCGGCAGUAGCCGGAGUAGCACCCACUGUUUCGGGCGCCAGUCUGCUGCCCAACUUGGCCGUCCACGAGGGCAUCAUGCAGGAUCGCUUCACCGCGGAGCAUGUGAUCAUCUCGGCGCCGAAGAAUGCCAAACCCACGUGCGAGCUGCAGCUGCCGUCGAUGAAGAAGCUCAUGUCCAACUCCUCCGCCCAGCCCUACUUCCUGCGCACCCUCAAGAUCUUCAUGCAGGUGCGUGAUAUGUACGAGGCACAGAACGGAUUGCCCAGCGGUGCAGGUGGCGGUGGUGGACUGGCCAGCGGUGCUGCUGCUGGCGACAACGACGACGACAACGACAACGACAUCAUCGACAUUGUGGGCGAUGGCGGUGCCUCGGGUGGCAGCAGUUCGGACAUGGCUCCCGGAUCGGCCAGCACCAUAUCGCCUCCGCCGCCCAUGGAAACCAAUCAAACGGCGAUGCACGACGACGACGAUGACGACGACGAUGAUGGUGAUGCCGAUGCAGAUGUAGAUGGCGUUGGUGACGAGGACGAGGAUGAUGACGAUGAUGAGGACGAGGCAAGGGACUCCCCGGGAGUCGGCCACGCGUCAGCGGCGACUGCUGGCGGUGUCAAGUCCAACAAGCCAACACUCAGUCAGAUCCUGUGCCUGGACGUGCUGUGGCACACGCUCAGCGAGUGCCUGGUGGCGCUGGAGGAGUCCAAGGACGAGUUCGCCGUCCUGGUGCUGCAGCCCACCGUGGAGGCGUUCUUCCUCAUCCACGCCUCGCAUCGCGGUGCCGCCAAGAAGUCGUCUCGCAAUUCCCUGGCCGGAGUGGUGGGCUCUGCACUGCGAGCAGCUGGCGGAUUUGGUGCACCAUCCGCGUCGUCUGCGGCCCAGGAGCACAGUCCAUCGAUGGACGACACGAGCAGCGCCAACACCCUCAGUUCGGCCAGUUUCGAAGAUGAGCCGCGGAUGCAGGAUGCCUCCACAAACACGCCGCUGGCGGCCAGCAGCUCUGCGGGCACAGCGCUGAGCGCCCACGAGGCGCAGCUGCGGCAGGACCGCCAGAAGUUCCUUCAGUUCGCCGAGAAGCACCGCACCGUGCUCAAUCAGAUCCUGCGCCAGUCGCCCACUCACCUGUCGGAUGGGCCCUUCGCCGUGCUGGUGGACCACACGCGCAUCCUGGACUUUGACGUCAAGCGCAAGUACUUCCAGACGGAGCUGGAGCGCCUGGACGAGGGCAUCCGGCGCGAGGAGCACACGGUCAGUGUGCGUCGCGUGACCGUCUUCGAGGACUCGUUCCGCGUGCUGUACCGCCUGGGACCGGAGGAGUGGAAGAACCGCUUCUACAUCGUCUUCGAGGAUGAGGAGGGCCAGGAUGCUGGCGGCCUGUUGCGCGAAUGGUAUGUGAUCAUCUCGCGCGAGAUCUUCAAUCCGAUGUAUGCCUUGUUCUGUGUGUCGCCGGGCGAUCGCGUCACCUACAUGAUCAAUCCCUCCAGCCAUGCCAAUCCGAAUCACUUGAGCUACUUCAAGUUCGUCGGCCGCGUAAUUGCCAAAGCUGUGCACGACAACAAGCUGCUGGAGUGCUACUUCACCCGAUCCUUCUACAAGCACAUCCUGGGCAAGCAGGUGAAGCACACGGACAUGGAGUCGCAGGACUACGAGUUCUACAAGGGCCUCGACUAUCUCAUGAAGAACGACAUCUCCACACUGGGCUACGAGCUGACCUUCUCCACCGAGGUGCAGGAGUUCGGUGUCACCCAGAUCCGUGAUCUCAAGCCAAACGGACGCGACACCGCCGUCACCGAGGAGAACAAGUUCGAGUAUGUGCAGCUGGUGUGCCAGCUAAAGAUGAGCGGCUCCAUUCGACAGCAAUUGGACGCAUUCCUCGAGGGAUUCUACGACAUUAUUCCAAAGCAUUUAAUUUCGAUAUUCAACGAACAGGAACUGGAGCUUCUCAUAUCCGGUCUGCCGGAUAUUGACAUUGAAGAUCUAAAGGCGAACACCGAGUACCACAAGUACACCUCCAAAUCGGCCCAGAUUCAAUGGUUCUGGCGUGCAUUGCGCAGCUUUGACCAAGCGGACCGGGCCAAGUUCCUGCAGUUCGUCACUGGCACCUCGAAGGUGCCGCUGCAGGGCUUCGGCUCCCUGGAGGGCAUGAACGGGAUUCAGAAGUUCCAAAUCCACCGGGACGAUCGGUCCACCGAUCGGUUGCCCUGUGCACAUACCUGCUUUAACCAACUGGAUCUGCCCAUGUACAAGUCUUACGACAAACUGCGGAGCUGCCUGCUAAAGGCCAUACAUGAGUGCUCCGAGGGCUUUGGCUUCGCCUAAACAAGAACCUCAGUGGCCAACCGAGGAGCAAGCAAAGUAAACAGAAUCAGAACCAGAAUCAGAACCAGAAACAAUGGACGCAACACUAUUCCUAAUACGCCACGCCACACGGGCAGCACGACGAGAAAUGCAUAAUUGAUUUGAACAGAACAGAACAGCCACUGCAAAUGUGCGAUAGCGGCAACAGAAACUGCAUACAUACACAGUACAUAUAGUUAUAUAGUAUAUAUAAAAAUGUUGAAUUAAUUAUUAAUUUUUCGCGCCUAUAUAUAUACAAUAUAUAUUUUCUUAAAUUUUCAAAAGAAACGGAAAAAAUCGAAGGAAACCUAAAAAAAAAAACAAGCAACCCUAAAAUAACUGAUACAAACGCUGAACAAGCAUAUUUCAUUUAAAUUUAUCUGUGAAACUCAUCUAUUAUAAUUUUUUUUGGAAUCAAUCCCUGUCGUUUUGCACAUUUUCAUUAAAAAAAAGGAUUUAUAUAAAUGAUAACACAAAUUUUUAUUUACAUAAACACGAAACCGAAUAGCAAAGGAUUAAACGUAGUACAUAGAACGCAAAUGCACAUAAGCACACAGAUUAUACACUUUGGUUUCUUGUUUACUUAAGUGUAUUUACCGAAGAUAAACGGGGGGAAGUAAAGGAAAAUAAUUAAAUGGAUUAAAGUAUUUUGAUAUAAGAGAUAAGUCCUUAUGUUAUGCAUUUUAAGUUUACCUUUGGAAUAAUGAGCCGCAGAUGUAACUUAAAGAAUGUGGAAUAAAGUAAGAAUAAGCUCAUUUAUCAUAA